AUGGCGAUGGCACUUGCGGUAGCUGCACCUUCCGAAUGGAGAGAUAUUCUUCCAUACAGUACAUCCAAAGACAGUCCGACAGUGCACAGCAUGGAAGUAACGACAGACAGCCAAAACGCACAGGGUGAAUUUGGAUUCUGGGACACUUGCGUACACCAAGUUAUUCGCGAGCAUUGCCAGAGAUCUCCGGACUCCCCCGCAGUCAAUGCAUGGGACGGGUCAUUCACAUACGCCGAGCUCGACAGCCUGUCGGAUGGCAUUGCGUCAGUCUUGAUCCUCCUUGKAGUCAAGCCAGAGAGCAUUAUACCCAUAUACAUGCAGAAGUCCCGAUGGACAACGGUUGCUAUAUUGGGAGUACUCAAGAGCGGAGGAGCUUUCACCCUUCUGGAUCCAUCCUAUCCACGGAGCAGGCUGGAGGAGAUAUGUAAGGAAGUCCAGGCAAGGUUUAUCCUUACGAGUGAGGAACUCAGCAAACAGUGUUUAGAGAUGUCUCCUGCCCUAGUCGUGGAGCAUCUAAGCCGGGCAUGCCUGCUAAGUCCCGGCCAAGCUGGGCAAAAACCAUCUCGACCUGAAAACGCCGCUUAUAUCGCGUUCACAUCAGGUUCGACAGGAAGGCCCAAGGGCAUUGUCAUCGAGCAUCGAUCAUAUUGCUCUGGAGCUCGUUCGCACCUGAAGGUGUUUGGUAUCGAUUCGACCUCGCGCGUUCUCCAAUUUGCCUCGUAUGCCUUCGAUGUCAGCAUCAUGAAGACGCUCAGUACUCUGAUGGCGGGAGGCUGUUUAUGCGUAAUGAGCGAGUCUGAACGAAGCGAUCCAAACUUCUUCGUCGAGUCGUAUAAGAACUUCCGGAUCUCCCACUGUUUUAUGACACCAUCCUUUGCGAGGACGGUGCAAUGGACAGAAUGCUGCAGCCCGCCACCCACCCUGAUCGUGGGAGGCGAGUUAAUGCGCCCCUCUGAUGCGGUAGCAUACGAAGCAAUGGGAAUUUGCUGCAUGAACGCAUACGGGCCUGCCGAAUGUUCCGUCAACGUGUCUAUACAAUCUAGGGUGGAAGACGGUGUUGAUGCUCGAAACAUCGGAUACACCACCGGGGCGACAGCCUGGAUUAUUAGCCCGGAGGAUCCAGAGAAGCUGAUGCCACCCGGUACGGUUGGGGAACUGCUCGUGGAAGGGCCGAUUGUUGGUCGUGGCUACCUCAAUGAUCCCAGCGCCACUCGCCAGGCGUUUAUUGAUACACCCGCAUGGCUGCGCAGGCACCGCAAGGGCAUCUCUUAUCAGCACCGAGUCUACCGUACCGGGGAUUUGGCCUCCCAGGACAGCAUAAGCGGUGCGCUGCUACUGCACGGCCGCAAAGAUGCCCAGGUGAAGAUUCGCGGCCAGCGGGUCGAGCUCCCUGAUAUCGAACACCAUCUCCAACAGACCUUCCCGAACGGCGAUGCCGAGGUCAUUGUCGAAAAGGUCACCUUUUCCGACGAUGGAGUGGAAAGGCUCAUUGCCUUUGUCCUAAUCCGUCCCUUUAGCACUGGUUUUAUCACGGACAACAUGGGAGAUCGUCUCUUCCUGGCGCCCCAAUCACAGAUCAUGGAGCAAUUCGUCAUCAGCAAGCGACAUCUACAAACAAAUCUACCCAGCUAUAUGGUUCCAGAUAUAUUCAUUCCGAUAUCCACUAUCCCUCAAACUGCAUCGGGGAAAACAGACCGCAGAGCCUUGCGAACCCGAGCUGCUGCCCUCUCGAGACGGGAUGUUCAAUGUUUUCUGCUCUCGCCCACGGGUGAUAAACAUCCUCCAUCCACACCCAAAGAAUCAACCAUCCGAAGGCUGUAUAGCAAUGUGUUGAAUCUACCUAUCGACGUGAUAGGCAUGGACGACACUUUCCUGCGCCUCGGGGGGGAUUCACUUCAAGCCAUUCGUCUCAUUGCAGCGGCCAGGACGGCCGGGCUUAUACUACACGCCAAAGAUAUCCUUUCGCCGCAGAGUACGCUGGCUGAGCAGUCGCAACGUGCAGGUUUGAUCCAGACAUCAGACCAUACAGGGGAAGCUUCAACUCCGUUUGCCCUCUUGCCUGUGGCAAAGAGGCAUGAUAUUAUCGACCUGGCGCAGAAGCAGUGCCGCGUGUCUUCGAAGCUCAUUGAAGAUAUCUACCCCUGUACCGCACUGCAGGAAGGCAUGUUCCUGACGUCUUUAAAACACCCAGGCAUGUAUACCGGGCAGAUAACGUUUGAUAUUCCCGACAGGAUGGAAUUGCCCCGUUUGAGGGCUGCAUGGCUGUCGGUGAUGUCCGAGAAUGCUGCUCUGCGAACACGCAUCAUCGAGACCCACGAGGGAUUCAUGCAAGCGGUGAUCGUCAAUGACUUCGCGUGGGAGGAAGAAACCAACGAGAUGCUGCCUUCUGGCCGGUGGGAGGCGCUCGAGAUCACCAAGAUCGGUGUGCCUUUGGUCCGGUUUCGCUAUCGCCCUCGACAUCGGCAGCUGAUUAUGACAAUCCACCAUUCCAUCUGGGAUGGCUGGUCGCUCCGUUUGGUGCAUGAGCAACUACAGCGUGCCUACAUCGGGCGCGAUCCGUUGCCGAGCACCUCAUACAGCUCCUUCAUUCAAUACACACAGGACCUACCAGGGGCAGACGAGUUCUGGGCCUCCGAGCUCGCCGGUGUGAACGCGCCGAUAUUCCCGACCUUGCCAUCCGGCAACUAUCGGCCGUACGUAAACGCAUCGCAUCGACAUGGGGUGAGAAACUUGGUUUCAACCGGAAGGGAGGAACAUACCACCGCUACCUAUAUCCACCUUGCCUGGUCGUUACUCAUUGCCCACUAUACGGACGCGGACGAGACCGUAUACGGGGUGACGAUCAACGGGCGCAGUGCCGACGUACCGGGGAUCGAGAAUAUUGUGGGCCCAACAAUUGCAACCGUCCCGCUGCGCCUUCGAGUCAAUCAGGAAAAUACCGUGAAGAUGGCGCUGGAUCAGGUCCAGGACUCUCUCGCACGCAUGAUUCCAUACGAACAGGCUGGCUUGCCCCGCAUCAGUCGGUGUAGCAGAGAUGCCUCCAAAGGUUGUCGCUUCCAGACUUUGCUUAUCAUUGAAGCUCCCGCGGAUCGCGGCGUGGCUUGCGAGAAGAACGAAGCUGGAAACUUCUCCAUUAUCCGGGGAACGACUCAGACUGAGAUGGACUACACCGCGUUCUCUUCUUACGCUAUGAUGCUAAUCUUUCGUACCAGCGCCGACAAGAGCGCGAUUACGUUCGAUAUCACAUAUGACGCGCAAGUAAUAGGCGGCGUUGAGGUGGAGCGAAUGGCUCAUCAAUUCGAGCAUGUCUUGCGACACAUCUAUAAGCCUGCAAUGGAAAGGAUUACAGAUAUCAGCUUUCUCGGGCCUUGGGACAUCGAGCAAGUACAACAAUGGAACAGUUACAUGCCACCAGCCGACAAUCGCUUCUUGCAGGAGUUGAUCUUUGAACUCUGGGCACACUCAUCGUUCGUCGCCAGGCAACUGCAGAGGUAUGGUGUGAAGCGAGGGACUCCUGUGGCUGUCUGCUUGGACCGCAGCAGAUGGAGCAUUGCAGUCAUCCUGGCCGUCCUGCUCGCUGGAGGCACAUGCGUGCUGAUCGAUUUACUGUCUCAAAGACAAAGAGUGCGAGAUAUCCUUCAAAUCGUCGGCGCAGGUAUCUUGGUCAACAGUCAUGCAACUGCCCCGGUGACGUCUGGCCUCUGUCCCACUGUUAUCGAUGUAUCACUCCUUGCGGCCCAGAACGGCUAUUCGCAGACGGGAUGUCCCUCCAAUUUGGACACCUGGGAGAGGGGGGUAGGAACCCCAGAAGACAUCGCAUUUAUCAUGUUUACGUCCGGUAGUACUGGCCAUCCCAAAGGCAUUGAGAUGCCCCAUCGCACCCUCUCCACGAGCAUUUACCAUCACAGCGCGGGGAUGAAACUGAACACCGGCAGUCGUGUCCUGCAUUGCUCCUCAUAUGCAUUUGACGUGAGCAUCUAUGAAAUCUUUACUACAUUGACCGCUGGUGGAACCAUCUACGUCCCAUCCGAGUUUGACCGCAUGAACAAUCUCGCCGGCUUUAUUCGAGACACCCAGGUCAAUUGGGCGUUUUUAACCCCUUCCACAGCCAGAACCCUCGACCCCGCAGAUGUUCCCUUGUUAACUACCCUAGUUCUUGGAGGUGAAGCCGUGACCCACGACAGCGUUGAGGCGUGGGCAAAAGGCCGCUCCCUCAUCAACGGCUAUGGCCCUGCCGAGGCAACGAUCUGUGGAGUGGGCAAUAUUUCUGAGGCGGGAUGGAAAUCCGGCGUUAUCGGUCGAAUCGUUGGUGGUUUGGGCUGGGUUACUGUGCCAUCAGACCCAACCAGACUGGCAGCGGUUGGCGCCGUGGGUGAACUUCUCCUCGAAGGCCCGUUCCUGGCCCGAGGAUAUCUGAACCUGCCAGAGGUUACGAGGGCCGCUUUCAUUGACCCUCCCAGCUGGAGAAAACAGAUUCCUGCUCCGYCGCCCUAUCCUUUCCUCUACCGAACAGGCGACCUGGUCCGAUAUCAGCCGGACGGAUCCAUUCAAUAUAUCGGUCGUAAAGACAGCCGUAUCAAACUCCGAGGUCAGCUCGUGGAUCUGAAUGCAGUUGAGGCAAGUCUCAUGAGGGUGUAUCCGGCUGCGAUUCAGGUGGUCGCAGACGUGUUGGUUUCCGAUAGUACCGCCAGACUGAUUGUCCUGAUGAAGCUCGGUCCACCAGUGACAGGGACUCACGAUGAUCCCAUGUUCCAGACACCAGACUUGGCUUUCAACGAGGCCGCUGCCUCUAUUCAAGCUCGUCUUCGGGCCAUUGUACCUCCCUAUAUGGUGCCGUCCGUGUUCAUUCCUCUACGUCACAUCCCUCGCACCCUCACAGGCAAGACAGAUCGUCGUCAGCUCCGAAACAAACUACUCUCAUUAUCACAAAGCGACCUCCAACGCUAUAUCAUGAGCUCCUCGGCCAAGACACCCAUUUCUGAUGACAAUGCACGGAGUCUUCAGGAGAUUUGGGCAGAGGUGCUUCGACUCCCAUGCGAAGCAAUCGGGAGAGAGGAUUCUUUCUUACUCCUCGGCGGCGAGUCUCUAGCGACGAUAAAAAUGGUAGCAUUGGCAAGGCGGAUCGGGUUCGUGUUCGCUGUGGCAGAUGUUUUGAACAACAUGAGUCUGUCAACCCUCGCGCGGUCCCGACAUUUGAUCACAGAGCAUGAUAUCCCGAGCCCGUCACCCUCGCUCUCACUGUCAACCAUCGACAGCCAGUCCCUCCAGGAGAUUCUCCGACCAUUACAGAACGGCGGCCUAAUUAAAGGAAGCAAUGACAUUGCGGCUAUUCAUCCUGUCACCGCCGCGCAAGCAUUCCCCGUACAGAGGUAUCCAUGGUCACAUUUCCAGUUUGACUUAUCUGGGGAUAUCUCGCCCAGCGAGCUUCAAACCGCCUGCACUGCGUUGAUGGCCCGAUUCACUAUCCUUCGCACGGUAUUUGUCGAACAUGCGGACCAUCUCUUGCAGCUCGUCUUGCGGGAGGUGCGCGAGUGUGUCCAUGAAAUUACGACCGAUGAGCCUCUCGAUAACUUCUGUAAUUUACUUUGUCAACAGCAGCAGGGCAUCUGUGUUGUUAGCUCUACAGCACUGCCAACUCUGUUCACUCUCGUGUCCAACCGCCAGCUUAACAGACGUCGACUUCUCCUCCGCCUUGCUCAUGCACAGUACGAUCUCACCACAAUCCCUCUAAUCGUCCAAGCCUUGGCCGAUGAAUACAACAGAACUCCCCGUGCGAGCUUCUCCUCCGACUUCAACUACUAUCUCGGUCAUCACAUGCGCCAGAAUAACGACGACAGGGCCCAUACCUUCUGGAACCAGUACCUGUCGGGCUCCUCUAUGACAUCUACAUAUCAGACUGCAAACACUACGACGCCUCAAAAGCGCUUCUUUCACGUCACUGGAUCAUGCACAGUUACGCCCGCAUCGCAUCCCCCCGGCAUCACAACUGCCACCGCCGUCAAGGCCGCCGUCUGCCUGGUUCUAGCCUCACGGACCGGCUGCACAGACAUCGUCAUCGGCCAGACAGUGGACGCCCGUUGUAGUUCGGCUGACAGCACCCUUGACCAGAUUGUUGGCCCCUGCACGAACUAUAUCCCGUACUGGCUCAGCGUGUGCUCUUCUAAAACUGCGUUGGAAUACCUCCGCAGCGCGCAAGCCCAGCACACCACAUCCCUCCGAUACUCCUCCCUGGACCUUGACCAGAUCGUGGCCAAGUGCACCAGCUGGCCGAGCAGUACUCAAUUUGGAUAUAUCGUCCAGCACCAGGACACUGGCGCAGACUUGGCUCUCUCGCUGGGAAGUGGCAGUACUUCCUCGCCGAUGACUUCUUACGGCCCUGUAUUUCCUCAAGGGGAGGUCUAG